AUGAACAGAAACAGCAGGCUCUCGCUCUGGGCCAGCUCUGAGAUGGGGAUGGGACAUGCACUUUUCCUGUGGAUUUUAGCUAACAACAAAAGUAAGAGCUCCUGUGACAAGGAUGUCAUCCUGAAUAUUCUCAGUGUCCUCACUGACCUGCUCUCUCUGGGGACUGGCCGGAGAAUUCACUACGUGAUCAGCAAAGGCGGCAGCGAGGCUCUACUGCAGGCUCUCGCCGCUGCUGCCCAGACGGAGCCGCUCGACCACAGCACCCUGCUGCCCCUGCUCCGUCUGCUGGCCAGGGUUGGCCAACGAGAUAGGAAGUUUGGGCUGAAAGUGCAGAAGGCAGAAGCAACUGAUAUAAUACUGAGCUUGGCAAGGAGAAACCUGGGCCACCACCUGCACCUCACCCACUGCCUCUGGGUCCUGCGGGUUUGCGCUUCUAAUGUUACCACAGGAACUACACUUGGUGUCAAUGGAGCCAUGGAGCUGCUUUUCAAAGUCAUCACCCCUUACAGCAAGAGACACAUCAGGACAAUCAGGGCAGCCAUUGGGGCUCUGGCAGCUUUGCUGAAAUCAAAGUCUAACAGCCGACGGGCAGUGAACAGAGGCUACCUGGGUGGAUUGCUGAGACUCUAUCAAGACUGGCACCACAAGGAUGUCUCCAACAACUACAUUUAUAUUCGUAGGGGUCUCCUGAUCUGUUUAAAGCACAUCACCAACAUCCAGCUGGGCAGGGAGACUUUCCUUGGUUCCCGGGGUAUGGAGAUUCUCUUCACAAGUGUACAGGACUGUCUGUCUUGCAGAAAUCUGGAUCCUAUCGUAACCACUGCGACUCAGAUUCUGAGAAAGUGCUACCCCAAGGAGCCUCUCCCUGUGACGACAGUAAGAAGCUCCUAUUCCUUCCCUCUUCCUGGGAAUGCCAAGGCUGAACCUCCAUGUGAGGUAUCUGAAGGUAACUAUGAAAGUGAUGAAGAGGAAGAGGCUGAAAAAGACCUGGAUAACGAGGAUGUGGAGAGUAAGGAGGAAGAUUAUGACUUGGAGACAGACGUGAACAAAUUGAGGUCAACGCCAGUGCUUGACCGGCCAGAGGAAGAGCUUGGGCAGUAUGAAGCGAUGUGUCCGGAGCUUUCCCAUAAUUUUCAGGAGCUUGAAUCUGAAUCUGAGGAAGAGAAGAGCUUGGAAGACAGGACUGAGAUCCUUCCCCCAACUCCCUCUCAUUUCAUUCCAAAUGCCACUUCUGUGAAACAUCCAAACUGCAGAUGCAGAAACCAAAGUGUCACAGAGAUGAGACCUGAUACAGAGGAAAAGGAUUUCCGAGUCCCACUGCAGAACUGGACAAAGAAGGAGAAAUGCAAAUGGGAUCCUAUCAACGAAAAGAGUGAUAUUGCAGAAGCAGCCCAAGAUGCGGGGUCCUGUGAAGAGGAAGAUCCAUCCAGGAGUCACACACUUACUUUAUGUCCCCUCCCAAAAGGGGCUGCUUGGUACAAAAAAAUGUUUUACCCUGAACGUGAGGCCUCAAUCAGUUGUAGUCCUGGAGAGAGGCUGGAGAGCUCAGACAUUGUGACAGAUCUUCUGGAGAAACACCAAGGGGACAUCCCAUUCCACAGCCCUUGCUUCUACGUAGCUAGGGCCAAAUGCGUUAAGUCUGUACCAGACUACAAAGACUUGGCAUUUCCUGAUUUCUGGGGUCACCAGCCCCCUCCUUACAGCAAGCCCAUGUUGGAGCGCAAGUAUGGGGUUCAAAGAGACAAAGUACUAGAUGAUAUUCGCCGCUUAAUCCAGCCAGGUGAUGUGAUAGGCAGAACUGUUUUUGAUUUAGACGAGCCCAGUCACUCAAGCCCAGGUGCUCCAAGCUGUCUGACAUUCUUCUCCAAGUUUGAAUCAGGAAACCUUCGCAAAGCCAUCCAAGUGCGUGAGUUUGAGUAUGACUUAAUUAUGAAUGCAGAUGUCAACAGCAACCAGCAUCACCAGUGGUUCUACUUUGAAGUCCGUGACAUGAAAUUAGCAGUUCCUUAUCGCUUCAACAUUAUCAACUGUGAGAAGCUGAAUAGCCAGUUUAAUUAUGGCAUGCAGCUGGUCAUGUAUUCAGUGAAGGAAGCUCUCCAGGGCAGACCUCGCUGGCUUAGGGCAGGCCAUGAUAUCUGCUACUACAA